UGGGGAGAUGUUCCUGCUGAAAGAUCUGUCUCCAAAUGUAGCCUACCUGUUCCAGUAUGCUGCUUGUUGCAAGGUAGGCCUUAGUAAAUCCAGUGAGCUGAGCCCACCCAUAAAGACCCUUCCCACCAGCCCUCCUGAGGAAUUAAGAAUGAUCACUGCAGCAUCUUCAGUCAUCUCUGUGGCCUGGAUGAGUCCCAGCAUCAUUGCCUCAGGAAUUGCGGUCAAGGAGUACAAGGUGGAGUACAGAAUGGUGGAGGCUGGAAUUGGGAGUGUCCAGUGGACUGAAAAAAGGACUGGGAGUAAAAUAGAGGUUUAUUCCAUUGAAGGUCUGAAUCCCCAGACAGUGUACAGAAUACGGGUGUUGGCCGUGUGUGAUAAUGGAGUUCUGGGUGUCCCCAGUGAGGAGGUUGAGGUCUCCACAUCCCUGGAGGAAGAAAGUGCAGACAAUAUAAUCCGACAGUUCCUUCAGGAAAGCUCCCUGGUGGAGGACAGACAGCCAUUAAUGUUCGCCCUUCCUCUGAAGAAAGUCCCCUCAGAUUCCUCCAGAUCCUGUUUCAUGUACCAGGUUGGAAAGGAGAACCCAGAAGUGCCCAACAAAGUGAUCCUGGUGAUGGGAGUAAAAGGGUGUGGGAAAACCACUCUGAUCAACGGGAUGAUCAAUUACAUCCUGGGUGUCCAGUGGGAAGAUAAUUUCAGAUUCAAACUCAUUCAUGAAACCACUCAGAGGAGAGAAGCUGGAAGCAGGACAUCUGAAGUCACAGCCUUUGUGGUGAACCAUCGGAAGGGUUUCCAAAUUCCCUUUUCUCUCACAAUCAUUGACACUCCAGGAUUUGGAGGCACAAGAGAUGCAGAGCAAAACAAAUUGUUGGAGAAGCAGCUCCUGGAGUUUUUCUCCACCCCAGGGGGCAUUGACCACGUGGAUGCCAUCUGCUUGGUGGCCCAGGCCUUCCUUGCCCAUUCAACUCACGCCCAGAAAUGCGUCUUUGAUUCCAUGCUCUCCAUGUUGGGAAAAGACAUGAAGGAAAACAUCCAACUCUUGAUCACCUUUGCAGAUGAGAGGACCCCACCUGUCCUGGAGGCCCUCAAGGAGGCUGACCUGCCAAAUGCUCAAAAUGAGUCGGGAAUCCCUCAGCACUUCAGAUUUAACAAUUCAGCCCUCUUUGCUCCCCGAGAAUACGGAGGAAGACCUAAUGCUGCUUCUGAAAUGUCCUGGAAAAUGAGCACAGAGAACAUGAAGGAUUUCUUUGACUCAUUAAAGUUGUUGGAAACCAAAAAUUCAACCUUGACCAUGGAGUUCUUGAAGAAACAUCAGGAACUGGAAGCUGCUCUUAGAAGACCUCCCCCUCCUAAGGUUGAGCAAGUGCACCCAAAUAGUUUCCAGAUCAGUAUUGAUCCGGUAGCCAUCGGGAAGGCUUCGGUCUCCAGGUACCAGGUGGAAUAUCGCUUUGCAGGAGAGGAAAAUUGGAAAAGUCUCAGUUCCAAAGGCUCUAAGGAUCAAUUCAUCCUGGAAGAUGUCCGCCCAAAUCUUCAGUACCAAUUCAGAUGUGCAGCUGUGACUCCGGGAGGGCUCAGUCAGUGGAGUGAGGCGAUCACUUGCAUCUGUCCUACGGGGAGGCCUGCUGAGAAAUCCCGGCUUUUGUGCUGUGCGACUGGUCUGGAAAUGGCUGGAAGCAUCCAAGGGCCUGAACGGAGGAUCGUCCUGGUGGGCAAUUGGAGAAGUGGGAAAAGUGCGACGGGAAACACAAUCCUGGGAAGGGAAGUCUUUCAGUCUAGGCAGUCACUUCUGCCAGUAACACAAAACUGCCAAAAGGAGGAGGCGCAGCUGAAGGGCAGGAAGGUUGUGGUUGUUGAUACGCCUGGAUUUUCCUCUUCCCAUCGUCCAGACAAGGAUACUGCUGCAGAAGUGAGAAAGUGCAUGAAGUUUUGCUCUCCAGGUCCCCACGUCAUUCUGCACGUGAUGCAUCCUUUUUUUUCCUUCCAGUGGGAGACGAACGUGGUUCAGCAGAUCAAAGAGGUUUUUGGCCUUAAAGCCAAGGAUUACACGAUCCUUUUGCUCACCCAGAAAGAUCGCCUGGAAGGUAAAUCUCUACAAAGUUUUAUGUAUUCCAGAGGGGAAAAUCUGAAGAAAUACAUUAUUGAAUGUGGGAACCGGAUGUUGGCUUUCAACAACUGGGCCACAGGAGCUGAACGAGAGGCUCAGGUGGCUGAACUGAUGACCAUGAUUGAUGACCUAGUGUACAAGAACACCUGUGCUCCUUGUUACACAGAAGACAUGAUGAACAUCAACAAAAGACCCAACUUCUGAUUGUUUCCAUCAGAGACCAGGAAGUCUCUCUAAUUGAGCCUCUCCUCCCAAAGGCUCCUUCAAGCUUCCAAAGGAGAUUUUGCUCUUGCAACUAUCACAGCUUCUCUGCUUCCAACCAAUUAUGGGGGGAGGGAAGAGGGAGAGAGAACUUAGGUUUCAGACAUGAAGAUCCCAGCUGUGAGGAUCUAUAGAUACUUUCACAGACAUUAUGUAAGGAAUGCUCCACUCCUAGCAGUGGUGGGAUUCAAUUUUUUUAACAACCGGUUCUGUGGGCGUGGCUUAGCUGGGGGUGUGGCUUAGUGGUCAUGUGACCGGGUGGGCGUGGCUAGCUGGUCAUGUGACACCCCCCCAUGGGCGUGGCUAGCUGGUCAUGUGACCGGGUGGGCAUGGCUAUGUGUAUAGGGACUACUCAGAGGGUUGAAAAAAGUCAUUUCUGACUGGUCCUCACACUUUUG